AUGCUUGACAACUUCCUCCGCUCCUGUGGCCGUGGAGGGGCGCGGGGAGGAGGUCAGCAUCCACUCACGGCUGGCCAGUCUGGACGACCCGCAGGUGCUGGUGAACAACAUGCACCUGCUGUCGCUGUACAAGAACACCGGCUCUCGCUGCUCGUCCGACACCAGCUCCGCCUACAGCGGCUCCGACACCAUGCAGUCGCUACAGUCGAGUAUCGACCCCACGGAGUGGACCUGACGGGCCUCAUCGAGACCACCGUCGACUCGGACGAGGACGAGGAGGACAUGAUGGCCACCAUGGACUCCAUCACGGCCAGGGACGCCGUGCGCGACUGUCUGGAGACGGACCCGGCCAACCGCACGGACGAGGACGUGGAGAUCCUGCUGGAGUUCACGCAGCACCUGCGCGCCUUCAGUAACAUGACGCUGAGUGUGCGGCGCGCGCUCUGCAGCGUCAUGGUGUUCGCGGUGGUGCAGAAGGCCGGUACGACGGUCAUGCAGGACGGCGAGGAGCUCGACUCGUGGUCGGUGAUCGUCAACGGCCAGGUGGAGAUCAGCGGCCCCGGUCUGCCCAGCACCGAGCUCGGCCUCGGGGACAGCUUCGGCAUCACGCCCACCAUGGAGAAGCUGACCAAUCGCGGCGUGAUGCGUACCAAGUGCGACGACUGUCAGUCGUCUGCAUCACCCAGACCGACUACUACCCGCAUACUGCACCAGGGGGAGGAGAACACGCGACGCCACGAGGAGAACGGCGAGGUGGUGCUCGUGACGGAGCACCGCAUACUGGACGCCGGCUCGGCCAAGGGGCACUGCGUCAUCAAGGGCACGCCGGAGCGGCUGAUGACGCAGCUGAUGGAGGAGAACUCGCUGAUCGACCCGUACUACGUGGAGGACUUCCUGCUGAUCCGGCGGAUCUUCCUGCCGCAGGCCAGCGCCCUCUCCGGCCAGCUGAUGCAGUGGUUUCGUGACCCCGAGUACCGGGACCGGGUGACCCGUGUCGUGCUACAGUGGGUCAACAGCCACUUCAUCGACUUCGAGACGGACCCGGCCAUGAUGGACUUCCUGGAGCGCUUCGAGCUCUGCCUCGAGUCGAACAAGAUGCAUGGCCAGCUGGGCCUGCUGAACUUCGAGUGCGCCGCCAAGUCGCGCGUGCGCGUGGUGACGCUGGCGCGGCCCAACCGCGACGAGCCGCUGCCGUUCUGCCUGCUGGGCGGCUACGAGCGCAAUUUCGGCAUCUUUGUCACCAAGGUGGAAAAGGGCAGCAAGGCCGAGGACAUCGGCCUGAAGCGGGGCGAUCAGAUCCUCGAGGUGAACGGCCAGAGCUUCGAGCACAUCUCGCACCCGCGCGCGCUGGAGGUGCUGCGCGGCACCACCCACCUCAGCAUCACCGUCAAGAGCAACCUACUGGCGUUCAAGGAGAUGCUGCAGACGCCCGAGGACGCCGUGCGGCCGCGCCAGCGCAAGGGCUCCGAGAUCGCCGGCCUCAACCACUACCCGCGGCCGCGGCUGGCCGGGCCGCACGCGGCCGGCGCACCGCCGCCGCCCGCCGAACACGACACGGCCCAGAAGGACAAGAAGGAGGUGAUCCACCGCACGUUCGCCACGCUCGGUCUGCGCACCAUCAAGUUCCGGAAGGCGCUCAUCAAGGCUAUCACGCACAAGACACCUCUCCAAGCGCACCACUCCGAUGACGCGCUGGUGCCGGGCGGCGCGGCCGAGCCGGGCUCGGGCGCCAUGUACCACUCGCACAGCAACCCGGACCUCAGCCAGCUCAGCUACGACGAGUGGAAGUUUGACUACCCGGAGCACGUGCUCAAGGUGUACAAGGCCGACCAGAGCUGCAAGUACCUGCUCGUGCACAAGGAGACCACGGCGCGCGAGGUGUGCAUGCUGUCGCUGCGCGAGUUCGGCAUCACCGACCCGAGCAGCAACUACAGCCUGUGCGAGCUGACGGCCGGCGCCGGCGGCGUGGUCAAGCAGCGCCGCCUGCCCGACCAGAUGCAGAACCUGGCCGAACGUAUCGCCCUCGGCAGCAGGUACUACUUGAAGAACAACCAGGUGACGGAGCCGCUGGUGCCGGACGAGCUGGCGGCCGAACUGCCGCGCGAGGGCUCCGUCCACUUCCUGCAGCUCAACGCCCUGGAGGUGGCCGUGCAGCUGACGCUGGACGACUUCAGCUUGUUCCGUCAGAUCGAGGCCACCGAGUACGUGGACGACCUGUUCGAGCUGAAGAGCCGCUACGGCACACCCGGCCUGAAGCAGUUCGCCGAGCUGGUCAACCGUGAGAUGUUCUGGGUGAUAACUGCCGUCUGCGGCGAGCACAACCUAGUCAAGCGCAUGAAGAUCGUCAAACAGUUCAUCAAGGUGGCACGCCACUGCAAGGAGUGCAAGAACUUCAACUCGCUCUUCAACAUCGUGUCGGGCCUGAGCCACGGCGCCGUGGGGCGGCUGAAGCAGACUUGGGAAAAGCUGCCGACCAAGUACCAGAAGAUGUACAACGACAUGCUGGCGCUGAUGGACCCCAGUCGCAAUAUGUCCAAGUACCGCAACCUCAUCACGUCGGAGCACGUGCAGCCGCCGUUGAUCCCGUUCUACCCCAUUGUCAAGAAGGACCUCACGUUCAUCCACCUGGGCAACGACACCUGGGUGGACGGCUUGGUGAACUUCGAGAAGCUUCGCAUGAUCGCAAAGGAGGUGCGCUCGCUGUCGGACAUGUGCUCGGUGCAGUACGACGCCGGCUCGAUGCUGGAGCUGGUGGGCCAGUCGGGCCUCGGCCAGCUGACGCUGACGGCGCAGCGCAGCGCCACCGUUAAGAGGCGGCGCAAGUCGCAGGCCCAGUCGAACCCCAAGAAGAUGUUCGAGGAGGCCCAGAUGGUGCGGCGCGUGAAGGCGUACCUGGCGCACCUGGCGGUGGUGCAGGACGAGGAGCGCCUGCUGCAGAUGUCGCUCGAGUGCGAGCCGCCGCCGGCCGGCUCCUCCACCACCACCACGAGGCGGCGGCACCCGUCGCCCACGUUGUCGACCACCAGCAGCGCCAGCUCAGCCAGCGCCGCCAGCGACGGCCGCCGAGACCGGGCCAAGUUCGGCGCCGCGUCCCCGAGCGCCGUGCGCAAGCUGAUGUCGCUGGCCGAGACGAAGACGCGGCCGCACCAGCCGGCGCCGCGCGCGCCCUUCAGGCCACGUACAUAA